UUUGGUAUCGCCUAAAACCGGAGCGUUGUACAUCUCCCCAGUCAUCUCUGCCGGAGCGUUGUGCAUCUUCCCAUUCAUCUUUGGUUUGUCUCCCUUCCACUCCUUUCUACAGUCGUUACAGUUAAUUAUUGUUAUACAUAUGUAUACGCUAAACAUAAACAUUUUUUAAGACGUGGUGUCAAGUCGUCACCGCGACCAUUAAUUAAUGUGUUGAUCAAAUAUGACGAGGCGUUGUGUGGUGCCAGGAUGUAAAACAGGCCGUCGAACUUGUGAAGUCAAAUGGUCAAUAUUUCGCGCGCCCCACAAUUUUUGCGAUUUGCAGAAAUGGGCUAAGGCGAUUCCAGGCAUCGACACAUUGGAGCCAAAACAUUUUGUGUGCGAAAAACAUUUUGACAGUAAGUACAUUCAUCGUGAAUGGGUUAAACGUGACUCAAACAAUCGCAUCAUAGCACAGUCGCCAUAUCAACGCGUACAGCUCGACAAACUGGCAAUUCCAACGGAGUUUGAUGACAUUGCGGACAUCGAGGGACCCACUCACUCUUCAAUCACUAUUGUCAGUGAAACUGUAAAGAAUGAGAACGAAGAUCAAGGCAAUGUUCCUGUUGAGUCCAUUCUUUCAUCAGUCAAGUCUCUUGAUCCAGUGCAACAGGCUACUGGACUGCAAUUUGAGAGCUCCAGUAACUUACAACUUCCACACGAUACAAUGACCCCAUUGACUCAGAAUGUUUACGUUGAUAUUAAGAAAUCUCCUGAUGAUAUAAAAGUUCCCUCCAAUGUGAAAUUGCCUGUCUCCGUCGAUAUUGGUGAUUCGGCAUCAAGAAAAAUGAACAGUAAUCAUCCAGUUAUGAAAGUUGCAUGCAGCCAAACUACAGUUCGACACACUGAAGCUACCUCGUUAUGCGUACAACCUUUGAAAGUAUAUUCAACUGUCGUUCUUGUAGACACGGGCUCAGGCAACUACGAAAAGUGUUCUCUUGCUGUACCGAAACCUUGGAGCCUCCUUCAUAUGCCUAUAGAUGACGGUCAACGCGUUACAUUUGCUCUCGUAAUUAGGAAACGACAGGAUGACAUCACGGUUUCUCCUAUAAUACAAAAAUCUGUGACUCUGAACGCGGAUAGAACAAUGAACUAUCAUGUCUACGGAUGCCUCAGUAAUACGCAGGAUACCGGACUCGAAAAUAUUUUGCUCACCAAUGAAAGUUUCCCAAACGUACUGAAGAGGUUUCAGGAAAUGACCAUUUGCCAUGGUCUCGGUGCCGUAGAUACUAAUCAUCUGCCACGUGACAGCGUAAUCAUAGAUAACGUUGAACAGUGGCGUAGUAAGCGUUGUACCUUACUUUUAAAGAAAGGACGAUGCUACUCAUGUGCGAAGAUGAGAAAACGCGCAUUGCAAAACAUGUCAAGAUUACAGAGUCGUCGUACAUUUAAUCGGAUUUCCAAGUUGUCGAAUUCUAUCGAUCAAUAUAAAUUGGCAGCGAUGCGAAAGAAGCUCAGCCGUGAACAACGUCAAAAAAAUCGAGCCAAGAAACAGGUACAAUAUUUGACGAAUUGUUUAAAAAAACUGAAAGUGGAAAUUGCGAGCAUGAAACUUGCAACGCUGCAUAGAAAGUGUGCGGAAUUGAAUGUGUCAGGAAGUCAAAAAGCGGCUUUAAAAGAAAUUAUCGCGGCAGCUAGUACAGAUGUGAAAGGUAGACGUUACACGCAAGAAUGGAUAAUGCUGUGUAUGUUAAUGAACAUCCGCUCACCAGGGUAUUACGAAUUUCUGCGAAAAAACAAUGUUUUGCCACUACCGUGUACACGAACGAUACGUACCUAUUUCUCGCUGAUUGAUUCGAAAUGUGUUUUUGACGUGAAGUUUGCAGAAAUAUUGAAAAAACAGUUCGCAACUAAAAGUCCUUUGCAGCGUAAUGGUGUCCUGUUGGUGGACGAAAUAAAUUUAAGAAAAUCUGUUGCCGUCUGUUCGAAAAACGAUUUACGUUGGCUUAACAGACUUAGACGAUGACGGAGAACAAUCGACUGAUAUCAACGACCAGGCGCCACACGGUCUUGUCCUAAUGAUAGUUUGAUCACCAAAUUUAUUCUCAAUCAACUGGAGUAUCAUGUUGUGAACAAUAGCAAUAUGAACAUCCAAAAUUCAAGGUGGUGUAAUAUUUGAAACUCUAUAUCGAUUUUGACUGAACUAUGCUGAAGAUCCUUGGACACUACCAGGUAUGUGCAUAUCGUUUUAGUUCAUCACUAUAUUUUUGGCUUCUAUUUUAUAUAAAUUAAAAAGAUUAUUUUAAAAAAAGGUUCUGGGAAUCGAACCGGCAAAAGCAAGACUAUGAAACCCUCCUUAAACCACUCCGUCUAAGUGUACUCCGUAUUAAGUGUACGUCUCGCGAUAGCCCACACAUAACACAGUGAAUCACCAUUUUUUAAUAUUGAAUUUUUAUAAACUCAACUACCAUAAAGCAAUCACGACAAUUGAAAUUUGACCGAUGGGUUUGACUCACGGAGACUUCUGUCUCCAAGAUUCGACUGUAACAACGUAUAUUCUAGAUGUGCGGAAUAAUCUUUCACAUGGUUUUUAUUUUGCAUAUUACAGUCCUGAACACGUUCCAUUUAGAAAACGUUCGACCAAUAGAAAAAUGAUAGAAAACGACAGAACGGCCCUUACGAUUUGGUCUCUCUUUCUAUUCCCGGUUACACUUUCUGCGGCAACAGUGAGCAGUCCAGCACUAUAUGUCGAUGGUCAAAACCUCAUAUUCGGUAUUGCCGUCUUGCGGAUUAGUGAGCGAACUUUAAAUAGUAACGUCUUAUGACGCCGACCAUUCGUCGCCAAUUUGCGAAGUUUGAAUACGGGCAUUCCUCAUUGGCUAUUUGACUAUAAAAUAAACUCCAUAUAAGGAUAUGAGGUUGUGACGUCACGACCAAUCACAAAGUGUUUUCGCUCCCGCACAUUAUAGCAAUAUUUUCUAUCUCUAGAUUUGUGAUUUUUUUUAAGGAAAAAAAAUAUCAGUCUAUGAAAUUAUCUAUAUAACGAUCAUAGCAAUAGAAGGAAUAUAUAUUUUCUACAUAGUACAAAUUCGAACAUACCUCGGCAGUUAUGUACUAUAUAGUUUAAUGAGCAAUAAUUAUUCCUACAAAUAUAAUAAAGUCACCUUCAUAACUUUGCCGGACAAGUCAUACGACUAAACUAUCAGACUCCUAAUUAGUAAAAUCUUUCACGAGGAAUGAUUUUGUACAAUGGGAAGUCUAGUUUUCCUAGUUUUCCGACUAGUAAAGUUAAUCCAGCAAAGCUGCGAAGCCUUUCUAAAUCCUAAUUUUAUAAUGUAUUUCCUGUUUCCAUACAAUAGAUAAUUUUUAAUAUAGAUCUCA